AUGAAUAAUAAUAAUAAUCAACGAGAUACUAAUAUUAAUAGACCAAAUAUCCCAAGGCAUAAUUCACAAUCAUCUAUAAUACUACCAUCACAAAGAUCAAAUAAUCAACAAGCAAAUCAACAAGCAAAUCAACAACAACAAUUGAUAUAUAAUAAUCUAAAUCAUAAUAGAUCAAUGAGUUAUACUGCUUCUUCCACAAUGUUUUCACCAAAUCCAACAAGUCCUUUAUAUCCAAAUUUUAAUUCAAAUUCACCACCGCAAAAGAAAUCAAAAUCUAAAAUCACAAGUACAGUAGUAGAUGAUGAAAAUAAUCUAUUUUCAAGUGCUAGAUCUCCAAGUAAUCCACAGCCAAAUAUAAGUUAUACUCGAAGUCAAUCAGCGAAGGAUAAUGACGAGAAUGAAGAAGGUGAAGAAGAAUCGGAAAAUGAAGAUGAAAGGUUUUUAAGAUUAGCUAGAGAUGCAUUAGUAGCUACUGCUCAAGGUAUAAAUCAACAAAAUAGAGGUAUAGUAGAUCCAACAAUUAAUGAUUUAUUAACUCGAUUACAAUAUGCUGCUUCACCACAUGGAAAUCCAAUAAAACAAAGUGAGACAUUAAAUGUAAAUAACAAAGGUCAAUUAAACAUACAAGAAUUCUAUCAAUCAUUUCCCAACCUAAGUAAUGAUGUAUUUGAAAAAUCACACAGCAUCAAAAAUGAGAUGAUCGAUCCAAUCAAAAAUCAUCAUCCUUCUGGAAACGAAGCGGGUUGGAAUUUUCUUAUUGGUGAAUCAGUAAUAUUAAAAGCAGAUUCAGAUAGACAAAUACAACUACCUACUCAAUCAAGUGUGAAAAUAGAAUCAAGUAGUACUGCUCAAUCGUCACCUAAUGAAAAUAAAAUUCAAGAUCCAUCAAGGAAAUUUCUUUGUGAUCAUUGUUUUAUGUCAUUUCGACGUUCUUCAGAUUUGAAAAGACACGAGAAACAACAUUUAAGUAUUCCUCCUAAUAUUUGUGAAUUUUGUGGUAAAGGUUUUGCAAGAAAAGAUGCAUUAAAAAGACAUGUUGGAACUUUAACUUGUAACAGAAAUGCAGAUAAACAAUUAUACAUAGAUAAUUUGGAUUAUUUAAAGAGUCAAAAAAAUGGAAAAUCAAAUGAAAAUACUACCUUAUCAGCAAAUACAAUUAAUAAUGAGAAUGAAGAAGAUGAAGAAGACGAUGAUGAUGAUGAUGAUGAUGAAGAUGUAAAGGCAAGUUUUCCAACAUAUGGGUUUCAAAAAGAAAAUAAUAAUUCAGGUUGGUAA